AUGGCACCCCGUCGACACAAUAUAGGUGCGAGCCGACGAAGGAGACGGGAAGACGAAGGUGAGGACGAAGGCUCGGUGGACGGAGAGGUGGAGGAGGACUCUCUAAGCGAGGCUUCAGUCGGAAGCCACCAGGAUGAUGAUGAUGCAGACGGGGAAGGUAGUGACGAUAGUGAGGACGAGAAUAUACCAGUCGACAAUCCGAAUAGUCAACAGGUCAAUGGUCGUGUGCCAGAAGGGCCCCGCCGUCACCAUUCAGUCUCCCCCAAAAAAGCUACGUUAGCGACGGCGAUUUCUGAUACGGAUGCGAUGAUGAAUGGGUUGAAGAUAUCGGGCGAGGGGAAAAGCGCUGAGGAAAUCCAUUUCGACAACAUGAGAGGGGAGUUCGAUCGGGCUGGAAGAGCACCUUCCGCACCACCCACUGAACCGACGAGAGAAUCGUUCAUGGAAACAAAACGUUCGGAGCAUGACAAAAGUGCUAGGGGAAAAGGCGAGGAUCCCACUUUUGUGCCUACCCGAGGUAGCUUUUUCCUCCAUGACAAACGCUCGUCGGAAACUGGCGCCAACGGUCACAAGCCCUCUAACAAGCCUAAAUCCCGGCCGUACGGUCUCAUUGUCGAUGGCAAUGUUCGGAGGAAACAAGAUAUUACUACUGAUGGGCCGUGGACGCAUGAUCUUCAUGAUACUGUUGCUGGAGACGAUCCGCCUGCUCCUAGACGACCUAAUGCCUCAACGAACACCUCGACAUUUUCCCAUAAGAACUUUCCCACGCACGUGCCCACGGCUCCCAAUACCUCAACUCCAAACCGAUCUUUUUCAACCACCGUGGUUGCUGGAAAAGUACCUGUUGUGGUGUAUCUUCCAGGCAUGGAUAAGCCGGUCACCUUUCCUGCAGUUGAGAAAAAACAAUAUACCCGUCUACCUGAACAUCGACCUCCUCUACGCCGAGACAAGCCUGUUAGAAUAUCAGUUCCUGGCGAAUCAGCUAGAUAUAUUUUCCCUGCAAUAGUGCGAUCCUUUGUCUUCAUCCCCCGAGCGCAACGGCCCAACCAACAAUCUUUUCGUGGGCGUGGUCGAGGUGGCUACAUGCAUGGACGACGCCCAAGCGUCUACGCAAGCUCUACGUAUACACCCAGUGUCGCUAUGAGCCGAAGGUCGUCUUUCGGUAAACCACCAUCCCAAGAUGGUUAUCUUUCCCCAGCGGCGUCGGUCGUCUCACGGCAGACAGUAGUCACAACUGAGAAUGGGAAACCCGUUGUUCGGCUGCCACCUCCCCGUGCACCGGGUGCUGCACCGAUUACUCCAGCCACGACCUACCCCCAUCCUCAACCACAACCGCAGCAUCCCAUCUGGCGUGAGAGUCGUGCUACUCCAAUCACAAUACAUCAACCUCGCCCGCAGAAGGCUGUUUCUCUAGCGGACAUUGAAACCCCAGCCAGCUUCCCCGUCAAUCCACCGCAAGCGCAACAGGAACAGCCGUUCCAUCAUCAAGCCCCUAUGUCCAGCAGUGGUCCGUCCCAUGGUCCUGAUGUUUCUGCAAACUACCCUCCCCCAGCACUUACAGCCGCUACUCCCCUGUCCCAAAUACCCGAGCGCGCAGUUCACGCCCCCCCGUUUCAAGCAUAUGGAUAUCAACAAACCCCGACCUACUACCCUGGUCCAUACCAGCCGGGGCCUGUUUAUUAUCCUGUUUCGGGCGCAGAGUAUGCGCCAUAUAAUGGGGUUGGGACGGGACCAGGAGCUUCUUUCCCUGCGAAUCAAAACGUCCCGUAUAUGGUCCCGGCUACACACACGCCAUCUGAAACAACAUCACAAGCAGGCACAGUUGCACAUGAGUCAGGCGGCACGGUUUAUUAUCUUGAUGCUUCACAGAUGUACCCAGGACCAACGUAUGGCGGCGGGGGUCCCCCAGGUGGCGCUGUUGGCAUGAGUGGGAUCACGCCUAGGCACGCCGUUAUGUCCGCUCCUGCUACCACUCCAGUCGGGCCUGGCACCUUGAUCACUGUUAAGGUUACAUAUGAUGACCACACUAGACGCUUCAAGAUUCCGCUGAGAGAUCUUGGAGCUCGUACUUUACCCCAGAAUUUGCGCCAGUUGCUUGGCAUCCCGGCGGAUACCAACGUGAUCUUCGAGCGGUAUUCCGAUAGCGCAGGUUCUUAUGUUCAGCUUGACACCAAUAAUCCUGCAGUUUUCAAACAACUCUACCGAGCUGCUAAGGCUAAAUUGAAGCUGCGGAUCAAAGCCACUGUCCACGAGCCCACAACUCAGGCUGCAGUUCCAGAUAGCUCUAGCGAACCGCAUGGGCCAGCAAGAUAUAGCUAUCUUGAAACCGUUUUGAGCUCUCCAAUUCCUGCAAAAACAGUUGGCGCAGAGAUUGGUUCUGCAAUGCCAUCGGCGACUUUGCCAGAGAGUACAGAAAGGUCCACGUUGGACGAGACUGAGAUCCGCCAGUUGCCGAAUACUGAGACAACUGACUCAAAACCUGCCAGUCAGAGAGAAUUUAUCCUAGGCGCCGACAUUCCGAGUGCCCCGAUCGUUUCUCACACCUCUCAUGCCGGAGUUUUCUGCAUUGACUGCAACCACUGUGGCCGUCCUAUCCCAAAUGAACACUAUCAUUGUAACACCUGUGCCGAUGGUGAUUACGACCUUUGCCCACAAUGCGUUGAUUCCGGCGUUAAUUGCCACGGGGAUGAGCAUUGGUUGGUGCGACGUUUCGUAAAGGAUGGCAUCAUCACUAAUAGCACGACAAAAACUCUUGCGUCUCACAAGAUUCUAACUCAGGAAGAAUCUCAACCCGCGUUGUCAGUACCAAAAAGUGAGCCUGAACAAGCUGAAGCUCCUAUUUUCAGCUCUGAGCGUAUCUGCAAUAACUGCCUUAAGGAGUUUGAUGAGAGCAAAAUGGUGUCUUGUGCUGACUGUGAAGACUUUGAUCUCUGUAUAACAUGCGUUCUUGGACAUAAGCAUGGACACCACCCAUCACACACCUUUGCGUUGCUAGGUGAUCAUGAUGCCGGACUAAAGAAUCUUGUUUUGUCCCGCUGCAAGCCCGGCCGUGGUUAUCACCAUGCGGCUAUAUGUGAUGGCUGUGAGAGCCAUAUUACCGGUGUGCGUCACAAAUGCCUUACAUGCCCCGACUGGGAUUAUUGCUCUGAGUGCCAUCUCUCGGCGUCCCAAACUCACCCUAGACAUCGGUUUGCUCCGCUUUACACCGCCAUCUCCGAGCCGCUGCAGCCCCACGAAGUUCACUUUGGCGUGUACUGCGAUGGCCCAAUAUGCAAAGAUAAGUCGAGACCGGGGUUCAUUACUGGCGUUCGUUACAAGUGCUCUGUUUGCAACGACGUAGACUUUUGUGACAAAUGCGAAGUUCAUCCGGAUAAUUCGCACAACCGCACUCAUCCAAUGGUCCUGUUCAAAACGCCAGUGCGCAGUGUUAGCGUGAGCACCGUCCACGAAAAUACCCUCAACAGACAGACCAACAUUUUGGGCGACCGCAAUCAGAGAUCCACCUCUACUCAAGCUUCCACUCCGCCCGAGCUCGAAUCAGAGACCCUGUCGUCGCAGACUGUAUCUAGGGAGGAGGAACAUGCUCUCGAGGAAAGCAACUCGCGUGCUUUCUCAACUUCAAACAAAGAAGAGCAGGCGGUUAAGCCUGAGCAGACUUAUGGCCCGAGCCUCAAUUCUGAAUACCAGGCAUUUUUCCUUGAGGAUACAGUAUCCGACGGAACUGUGAUGCGCCCCGAUCAGGUGUUCCAGCAGACGUGGAAGCUAUACAAUCCCGGCCCACUUGCGUGGCCUGCUGGAAGCAAUGUCCGUUUCGUUGGCGGCGAUUCCAUGUUUAAUGUGAACACCAACCAACCCAGCAGUCUGGAAGAAGUCACAGCUGCCAUGGAAAGUAACAAAUUGUCUAAGCCACUGGAGGCAGGCCAAGGCGCACAGUUUACCGUGACUUUGAAAGCACCCAAACGCCUAGGAACUGCCAUCUCGUACUGGCGUAUGAAGCUUGCAGAUGGUACACCCUUCGGACACAGGCUUUGGUGUGAAGUUGAAGUACGGGAGGAUUUGAUUAAUGUCGACGAAGCCAGAAAUGUAGCUUUUGACGAAAAGGCGCCCGAGCCUCCUGCGGCCGACAACUCUAACGCCUCGGAAAGCCAAAUGGUCUUCCCCAAACUUGACAAGGAAUCACCAUCAGCGAGCACACACGAAGCUGCCGGUGUGCCGCCCACUGCCCCCUCUGUGAGCAACACAUCUGAGCAUGAUGUUCUCGAUGAUGUGGCCAGCCUGACUUUGGAUGACGAGACCGAGACCGAGGCUGGGUUCCUGACCGAUGAGGAAUACGAUAUUCUGGAUGCCAGUGACCAGGAAUUUCUGGACGCCAACUCUUCUGGUCACUAG